AGCCUCCCGACUUGCCGCUCCGGGCCCUUGGGCUGCGGAUGCUCCUGAGCCUGCUGUACACCCUCGGCGUCGCCCUCGCACCGCUGCCGCUGCGCCGCAGCAGAACCGCACUGCCCAGGAUGUGCGACCAGUCCUCGCUUUCCCAGCCGGCGCAGGCCGACGCGGCCGACGCGGCCGACGCCCUCGCGCUGCACCGACGGCUCAAGCUCCGCUCUGAGGUUGAGGACGAGUUCGGCAGGGCGCUGAAGGAGGGCCUCGAGGUGUGCGCGCACUCGCUGCGCCUGUACGGCCCGGCGCGUGUCGUCACCAGCUUCAACGGCGGCAAGGACGCCGUCGCCAUCUUGCACUUGAUGCGCGCGGCGCUCGCGGCGCACAGCGAGGCGGCGGGCGGGCCGCGAGAGCGGCUGCGCGUCAUCUUCUUCGAGCAGCGGGACGAGUUCCCCGAGGUCGACGCCUUUGUGCGCGACGCCGUCGAGCGCUACGACCUCGAGCUCUGCACGUACUCGGAUGGCUUUGCCGCCGGGCUGGAGAGCUGCAUCGCGGAGCACGGGUCGGCGGCGUUUGUGCUUGGCACGCGGGAGGGCGACCCGAACGGGUCCGGGCAGGGCGCCUUCGAGCCCUCCUCCACUUGGAUGCCCCCUUUCAUGCGCGUGAACCCGGUCCUGCGCUGGAGCUACGCGCACGUCUGGCAGCUGCUGCGCGGCUUCGCACUGCCGUUUUGCUCGCUCUACGAGGAGGGGUACACGUCGCUUGGCAAGCAGUCCGACACCGAGCCGAACCCCGCCCUCCGCCUCCCUGACGGCUCCUACCGCCCCGCCUGGCUGCUCGACG